CCCUGCCUCUGCCCCAGGGGGGCCCGCUCGGAGGGAAGGCUGAGGAAUCACGUCCAUGUUUCACUCCUGAUCGUCCCAUCCUCCUAGGAAACAAGGAAGUGGCUGUGGUGGAGCCAGCUCAGGAUUCCCCAUUACCAAACCUGACCUGAUCACCAGGUUGGAACGAGGGGAAGAACCGUGGGACCUCCAGGCCUCCAAGGAAAGGGAGAUCCUGAGAGGCACCCACACAAGUGAGGAGUCCGUGAAACUGACAGAGAAACCAUCUGCGUGGAGAGCUCACCUAGCAACUUCUCAGCUGAGCAUGCCGGCUCCACGCGGCAGACGGGCUCCUGCCUGGAGUACGCCGGAGGUGGUGGAUCUCCUGGGCCUGUGGGGACAGGGGGACGUGCAGGCACAGCUCCGAAACAGCCGUCGGAACUUUGACGUCUACAGCCAGAUUGCUCGGGGCAUGGAGGAGAAGGGCUACGACAGGGACCCGCAGCAGUGCCGCGUAAAAAUCAAGGAGCUGCGGCAGGCGUACCAGAAGGCAAAGGAGGCAAAUAGUCGCUCCGGUGCGGAGCCGCAGACGUGCCGCUUCUACAAGGAGCUGCACGCCAUCCUCGACGGCGACUCCACCUCCACCGCCAAGCAUCCUGUGGAUACUUUGGGGGACCUGGAGUCACAGGCCACCGGGGUGAACCCUGAGAUCGAGGUGAUGAUCAAGGAAGAGGAUGACGAGGAAGAGGAGGAGUAUGGGGCACAGGCGACAGGGGGAUCCGGUGGUGUGGCAAGCCAGGACUUCUUUUUGACUCCUGAGCAGUCUAGCCAGUCCCAGCAGUCCAGCCCCGGUGAACCUGAUGCAGGGGAGGGAACCUCUGCAGCUGCAAAUGCGGCCUUGAGGGCCUCUCCGUCCACCCCAGAGGAGCGGCUGGGCCAGGUGAGGAGGAGAAAGAAGAGGACAAGGGAAGACAUGUUUCAGGAGGUCCUGCGAGCCUCCCGCGCUUCGGAGCGUGAGCAGAGGGCUUGGAGGAUAAUGAUCAAUGACAAAAUGCACAGGGAUAGCGAGGACAGGAGAAACGGGCAGCAAGAGAUGAUCACAUUGCUCCGGGAGCAGACAGACAUGCUGCGGUCUCUGAUUGAACUUCAGGCCGAACACAUCCGUGCUCGCCUCCCCCUGCAGCCCAUAGAGAACUGCAUUCCAGGACCUCCCUAUACUGGCCUCCAUGUAUCUUCUGGGCCCACAGCAGUACCCCAGGCACUCCACCCCACGGAAGAUUACACACAAUGACAGCUGCACGUACACCCAGCUGUGAGAGCCUUUUGGGUGUAUGUGCUUGUGAAUUCCCUCUUCCUUCCCCUUCAAAGAUACUUUCCCCUGUAUGUAAGAAGUUUUUACUUUAGCAUUACCUAGGUAUGUUUGCAUAGGUGUGGAAUAAAAAUGUAAAUUCAGUUUUCAUAAGUAUCUUUAUUAGUCUCCAGCCAGGGGUGCCUGAACAGGGUGGGGCCAUGGAUUUGGCAAAUAACUAUAGGUAUAUAAAGGCCUAUUAUUAAGGGUCAAAGUCUGACUGUGGAUAGACUCUUGUUGCACCUAUUUAACUCAAAGAGAGGAGCACAUCAGUAUCCAAGGGCAGAAAUUGUUACUAAGAUACUGCUUUAAAAAGUAGUGACUCCUAUGUACCAGUCCACAUGAUGGUCAAAUGACAUGAAAACUUCUAGGGACUGAGGCUGACUAACAUGAAGGGCCCUUUUACACAGCUUUGACUGUGUAAAGUGAGCCCUUACAGUGGGCAUAAACAUCAGUUCCUCGCAAAUCAAGGCCCCUUUAUGCCGAUUGAGUUGCGUAAAAAAGGACUUUGUGUAAAUGAGAAUCGGGCUCCGUAUUUUAAAAAAAAUAAACUUGUUUUUUUAAAGAAGA